GUCAGACUGAGUCUCUCUGUCUGUCAGUGUUGAGCUCACUCAGUGCGAGUCUCUCUGUAACCAGGACACCAGCUCUAAUGCAGCGGUCUUUCUUCAGCCGGAGCGCGCUGCUCGCCCAGCAGACUGCAGCGGCCCUCGAUGGUCCCCUUGCCGCCAGGAGCGCGCCGCUCCUGCAGCGCAUGGAUCGCUCCAUGUCCUCCGUCACCAUUCCCCCGCCAGCGUGCAUGCUACGCCCGCUAGAGGCCCCGAUGCGUUACCUAUUCGGACCGGGACCCUCAAACGUGCCUCCGCGUAUUUUGGCAGCAGGGUCGAAGCCAAUAAUUGGUCACAUGCACCCGGAAAUGUAUGAGAUCAUGAAUGACAUCAAGAGAGGGAUCCAGUACGCCUUUCAGACAGAGAACAACAUGACGAUAGCCAUGAGCGGCUCCGGGCACGCGGCUAUGGAGUGUGCGGUGUUCAACACGGUGGAGCCCGGAGAGAGCGUGCUCGUCGCCAUCAACGGAAUCUGGGGAGAACGCGUUGCAGAAAUUGCAGAAAGAAUGGGUGCCAAUGUACAUAGAAUGGUUAAAACACCAGGAGGAUAUUUUACUAAUAAGGAAAUUCAACAGGCCAUAGAAAAACACAAGCCCGUCCUGUUUUUCCUCACACAUGGAGAGUCCUCCGCUGGCCUCUGUCACCCAGUAGACGGCAUUGGUGACAUCUGCAGAAAACAUAACUGCCUCUUCCUGGUCGACACAGUUGCUUCACUUGGAGCAGCACCAAUUUGUAUGGACAAGCAAAACAUUGACAUCUUGUACACUGGUUCUCAGAAGGCCCUGAAUGCACCUCCUGGCACAGCCCCCAUCUCUUUUAAUGACAGAGCAUGCCACAAGAUGUUUAACAGGAAAACAAAACCCGUGUCCUACCUCUUUGACAUGACACAUUUAUCCAACUACUGGGGCUGUGACGGCAAACCAGCCAGAAUUUACCACCACACUGGUCCUGUGUCUGGAUUCUUCGCUCUGAGAGAGGGUCUGGCAAUUCUUGUUGAGAGGGGGCUGGAGGAGUCCUGGAAGAAACACAAGGAGGUGGCAGCCUAUCUGUACAGAGGACUGGAAGACCUGGGCCUCAAGCUCUUUGUCCCUGAAAGGGAUUUAAGGCUUCCGUCCGUCACCACCAUUGCAAUCCCUGACGGUUACGACUGGAGGGAGUUGUUGAUGUACAUUAUGAAACACCACCAGAUGGAGAUGACUGGAGGCCUGGGUCCUUCCAUUGGCAUGGUGAUGCGGAUUGGAUUGAUGGGAUACAACUGUGAGAAGACCAACGCUGACAUGGCACUGCACGCCCUGGCAGACGCUCUCAAGAACUGUAAAAAGAGCAAAGCUUAACAGAGCUUAACACCUGGGGCAGUGCAUGUAUUUUAGUAAUGUGUGUGCUUUCGCCUGCAGAGAUUUUAUACAUAUAUAAAUAAAAAAGCACAGGCAACGUAAAUGUGCCUUUCUUGUAUAAGUAGUUGGUAGU